CGCUUCGAGUCGCUCACUCUCUCGCACAACAACAUGGUGGCCCUCAAGCCCAUCCUGGAGGCCUGGCCGGAGGAGGCGGAGCGCGCGCAGCGCGAGAAGCUGGCCAAGCCCGAGGCGGACUCGACGGGCGACAAGAAGCGCAAGCGCACCUCCAUCGCGGCGCCCGAGAAGCGCUCGCUCGAGGCGUACUUCGCCGUCCAGCCGCGGCCCUCCUCCGAGAAGAUCGCGGCCAUCGCCGAGAAACUGGACCUCAAGAAGAACGUGGUGCGGGUCUGGUUCUGCAACCAGAGACAGAAACAGAAGCGCAUGAAGUUCUCCGCCGCUUACUAG